AUGAAUGGAGUUGCGAUCGCGCUAAGCUUUACUAGCGCGAUUACAACAGAGAUCGGGCUUCCUCCUGAAUGCUUGUCACUUUUGAAGUCCACCAAAGAAUGCCUACUCGCUCUGAAAACAGACACAACAUGUAGCCGACCGCGAGUCAAUAGUCUUAUUAUCCACAUGGCUAACCAGCAUAACACCCACACAAAUGCCCAUUAA